ACUCCUUUUUUGCUUUUUCUCCCCUUUGAAGAACGAGGCAUCAGGAUCCAACCCAGGUCAAUACUGCUUCCCCACAGUUAACUACCCCAGAAGAAAGUGAGAGAAGGCUAAAAGAGAGAGAGAGACGGCAUCAAUAGAAUGGCAAACAAAUCCCAAGUGGUUGCAGUUGCGCCACCCACAUGGGCAUCUUCAGUCACCGGCAGCUUCCACUUCGUCGUGGCUUUGCUCGUCACCGCCCUUGUCGGUUCCGCCGUCUAUCUCUCGAGCGAACAGCCACAACUCCGGAGCCCGACGCCCACCAGACGGUCCUCCCGAUGCGACUUGUUCUCCGGGAGGUGGGUGUUCGACAACGUAUCAUACCCAUUGUACAAGGAGAAGGAAUGCUCGUACAUGUCGGAGCAGCACGCGUGCGAGGCGUACGGGAGGAAGGACUUGAGGUACCAGCAAUGGCGGUGGCAACCCCACGGCUGUGAUCUUCCCAGGUUCAAUGCCACGGCGUUGUUGGAGAGGCUGAGGAAUAAGAGAUUUAUGUACGUGGGCGACUCCUUGAAUAGAAACCAAUGGGAUUCCAUGGUUUGCAUGGUCCAGUCCGCAAUCCCUCCCGACCUCAAAUCCCUGUCGUAUCAUUACAACGCCUCCUUAGUCGUCUUCAGGGCCCAUGAAUAUAAUGCGACGAUUGAGUACUACUGGGCGCCAAUGCUUGUGGAGUCUAAUUGCGAUAACGCAGUGAGCCACCCGGCUGAUCAUCGCAUCGCUCGAGCUCAGGCUAUUGAAAAACAUGGCAGGCGUUGGAAUGAUGCAGAUUUCCUCAUCUUCGACUGCUACCUCUGGUGGAGGUUACCCAAGAUUGAACUCUUGUGGGGAUCAUUCGAAAGUCCAGAUGCAAUACACAAAAUGGUGGAAAUGACUCGUGCAUAUGAGAUGGCUCUCAAUACCUGGUCAGACUGGUUGGAGAUGCAUGUCAAUAAGUCAAAGACUCAAUUAAUCUUCGUUAGCAUGUCUCCGACUCACAAGAAAGCAGAGGAAUGGGGCGGGGUCCCUGGCAGAAACUGUUUAGGGGAAACCGAACAAAUUACCCGAGAAGGGUAUUGGGGUAAUGGGUCGGUUCCUGCGAUGAUGCGUGUGGUGGAGAGCGUGAUCGAGAAACUCAAAACAAGAGGCGUCACAAUCCACGUCCUCAAUAUCACCCAACUCUCAGAGUAUCGCAAGGAAGCGCACCCCGCCAUCUACAGGAAACAGUGGCAUCCCCUAACUAAAGAACAGCUUGCAUAUCCGAUUAGCUAUGCGGAUUGCCUCCACUGGUGCCUCCCUGGAGUGCCAGAUGUGUGGAACGAACUUCUCUACACUUACAUUUUCCGUUAUAUACACACCUAGGGCAAAUUCCAAAUAUUAGUUAUGCCAUUGCUUAUACUUUUACUUUUUGUUUAUCUAUAUAUUAUUCAUAGUGAUAGAAUGGGGACAAAUCAAUCUAUAAAAAGGGUGGGCUAGUUUCACUCCCAUUACAAUUGAAGACAUACCCCAUUUCAUGUCGUAUUGUCGAGUCCGCAAUCCCUCCCACCCUUAAAUCCUAGUUGUAUCGCCACAACGGCUCCUUUAUGGUCUUUGGGGCCCAUCUAGGUGCUCUCCUCUUACACGUUAUUUAUUGACAAAUUGGGUUUAUACUAAAGGGUAUAAUUGUCAUUAUUAUUUUAGCCCUAAACCCUAUGUAUAUAUUGUAUA